CUCCAUGUCACAGACACACACACACACACUAUCUAUCUAUCUAUCUAUCUAUCUAUCUAUCUAUCUAUCUAUCUAUCUAUCUAUCUAUCUAUCUAUCUAUCUAUCUAUCUAUCUAUCUAUCUAUCUAUCUAUCUUUUUUUCGCUCUGCUAAACUACGUUGGUGCAGUGACGUUUCUAGGUUAAAAAAAAAAAAAAAACUAAUUUCCUCAAAUUAGACCCUCGCCCUGCAGGCCCAAGACGACCUUCUCUUUUCGUUUUUUUUUUUUUUUUUGAAAGUGAGAGCGCCGGUUGCUACGAACGCCAAGAGAUGGCGCUGGCGCCCAACCCAGGGUCUCAAACCCCGGGAGCCCUUAACGAAGCGUGAGCGGUUGGUUCUUCGAUUGCUGCCUUUCAUCGCGGGGUGUUGUGGGUGAGCGGGGGGGGGGGGGGGCGAGGGGGAAGUGCCACGGCGUUAUAAGAGAGACCCAUUACGCCGUUGCUUUCUCUCAAUUCAUCUUCCGCUCCUGCUCACGCAUACGUGUUUCUUUCUUCCGUGGCGUGGAGUUCAAGCUCGGCGCCCGCCUCCCACCGGACAUUGGGUCGAGAAGAGGAAAAAAAAAAAAAGGGCGCGCAUAUCGAGUCGGCGUGCGGCGCGGCAAUCCACUCUCGGCUGCGCAGUUUCCGAAGCCCGCGAGCCGGCGUCGGAUCGGCGCUGUUGGCGCACAAAGGAAGCGCGCUUGAGUGAGCGGUCAAGCCACUGGCACGGACCCGAGGUGCGCAUUGUCUGUGGCGCGCGCGCCGGACUUUGGAACUCCUUUUUUUUUUUUUUUUUUUUGAUCCCGCGCUGUGUGGGAACGCCGCCUUCUUGCUGCCUCCCGCGUAACACAGCAAGCACGCACGCCAAGGGGUUUUUUUUUACUCCCCGCCCCCGCCGCCACUGCUGACCAAAGCCCAAGGAGUUGCGUCGACAAGUUUCUUUUACGCAACGGGAAAGGUAUGACUCCGCUAGAGACAGCGGCGACUCACGUGACGCCUGGCAGCCUAAGACCGAGUCCCAUCGUAUUUUACAACGAGGCGCACGGCCACGGAAUGACCACCUACCACAAUCACCACGGAGCUGGAGGCGGCGGCUUGCAUCCGUCCGCAGAAGUCCACGGUGCACAUCCGACCAGCCAUUUUCUCGGGAGUCAAAUAGUUGUGGGCGUCAGCCCCUCGGCCAACGGUUCCGGCCGCGUUACCGCCGGCAGCGCCACCAACGGCGUCGGCAAAGCGAGCAAGAAGCACGGCAACAAGCACGGAGGCAAGCGACUCUCGAACCGCAUCAUCGAGGCGAGCCUGUGCGUGUUCCUGAGCCUGUGCGUGUCCCUGGCGGGCCUCUUCCUGGGCCUUCUGUACCAGCCGCUGCUUCUCAUCGUGUUCGCGUGCGGCCUCGUGGCGCUGCUCGCCUACCUUUGCUACGGUUUCGUCCACUACAAGCGUUCCUGGCGGAGACGUAACUCGGGUCUGGCGUCUUACUGGGCGGGCCACCGCAAGAUCUCGGUGGUCUCCGUCGACCGCAUGCCCACCAUCAACGAGGUGCUCAUCGAGGACAACGUCUCCAUCACCAAGGGUCUCCCCGAGGAGACCUGGAGCGGCAAGACGUUCGUCGUGCAGAACGGGAGCACGUCUCCCGAGAGCUGAAAGCAGAGUGCGUCACGGCGUCUGGGCGCCUCAUCCUGCGCGCGUGUGCAUCGAAUCCGUGCCGUUGGGUUCACGUGACUUCGAGCCAAACGCCAUGAUGGCGGUUUCUGUGCGUCGCGCUGAAAGCGGGUCGCGUUCCCAUGGCAACAGGCGCUUUAGCAAAAGACACGUUUAAUAUCAGAGAGGUGCACGGCUUUCGUUAACACCCGUCGCGAGGUUGCACAAAAACCAUGGCUCAAAAACGGUGCGCCUACUGGUCCAGCUCUUUAGGUCUUACAGAUCUUUGCGGCACCUGCUGGAAAAAAAAAAAGAAAGUAAACUAAGCAGUGCUAACGCGGGACGCUUAAAGAUCUAGUCAUUUUCUGCUCAUAAGGGUAGCACGUGUCUGCUAUCUACAGGAAAUUUGCCGCAGUAGGAGAGCGCAACUUGAAACGGGGUUUCAAUGCUUGCACGGUUGCCUAAGUCUGGUACGUGGCAAUCCAACAUAUCCGUGCGCAUGACGAUCCAACAACGUGUUUGAUGUUUCAAGCUAGUUGAUAAUGUGUUUUGAAACACCCAUAAAACCUAGACUUGCUCACUUUAAUAUAGGAAUAUGGAACCUUAAGGGACAGGCCGUGGCUUAAAACUGAAUGCCUGGCACCUGCUGUCGUUUUGCCAGGGAGAUAAGACAAGAGGUGUAGACAUCUUGGUAUAAACUCUUUAUCUUUUUUUUUUAGAGUUUUGAAAUGUCUACAUGUUAAAUAAGAUCAAAUGUGUCACAA